UCAGUCUUCCCCACCAUGGGCUGCCCUUAGGGGCAGCUGAAAGCUGAGACACCAGGAUCUGUUCCCAGGCUGGGUGUCCCAGGGUGCCGGUCCCUGCUCCCAGCUCUGCUGGGCAAGGGCUGGCAGUGUCCCGGAGCUGGAAGGGCAGGGGAGACAUUGGGGCUGUUUAACCAUUAAACCUGGGGCGUCUUGGAAGAGGCGGGGACACUGGCUUCCCUGCCACUUCACCCUGUACCUUGCUCCCUCUCGCAUUCCCUGGAGCCAUGAAGCAAACAAAAGGUAUGUGCCAGGGCAGUGGGGCUUCCUCCUGUGGAGACCCCUCCCCACAUGCACGGUCCAGGACCUGCUUCUGCACAGAGCAAGGCAAUGUCCAAUUGCAGGCCACAGAAAGGAGUUAGAGGCACCCAGGAAAAUGCAGAUGGACAUUGUGGGGGUGCUUGGCAGGAAUUCCUUCUCCUCGGUUUUGGGGGUCCUUGUGCUUGAAGAGGUGGGGAGGGGUUUUGUGGGGACAUGAGCAGGGGAAGUCUCUGCCCCCAUCUCCUGACUCCAGCCAGCUCUCUGGGGCCCUGGUGAUCCUUCUUAUCCCUCACUCAAAAGCCCCAGGACUAACCUUCAUGUGCAUACCACUGCCUGGCCCUACUUUGCCCUUGGUGCUACAGGACCCCACUGGGCUGGGCAGUGGGUGCUUGUUGGAUCCAAGCAGCAGGUGUCCUGCUGCUUUGAAAUGCAAGAGGACACAGGUAUCAGGACCAAGCUCUGAGCUGUGCCUGGCCGUGGCAUGUAGCUGGGGGACAGAGGGGCCAGGGGAGCUGCAUGGACUUGGCAAAGCCAUUUCACCUGGCGUGGCAUGCUCAGCCUGCGAAUGGCCAAGCCCUGAGCACUCGAGAGCAUCGGGUCUGCUCCCAGCCUGCCAACGCCUGCACUGAUCUCUCCUCUCACUCUACAGGGCUCGAGGGUGACAAGAAGUCCAUGAUAAAAUUUGAAUUUAACCCCAAAGAUGGGAUAGACAACCCUGCCUUGUCACUGUCUGAGGACACGGAUGGCGAGGGUGUGUGGGAGCCCCGCUUCUACCUCCUGAGCAAGGACAGCACAGAGGCCUUCGGCUUCUGCCUCCACAAGGAACUGGGCUGCGAGGGCCACAUUGUCCGGCAGGUCAAACUGGGGGGGCUGGCUCAGCGAAGGGGGCUGCAGGAUGGAGACCGGCUCCUCCAGGUCAAUGGCCACUUUGUGGACGACAUGGACCACCACAAGGUGGUGCAGAAGAUCAAGGCCAGUGGGAACCAGGUCCUGCUGGCGGUGCUGGACAGCAAAUCCUAUGAAGCAGCCAAAGCCCUGGGCAGGGACCUGUCCCAGAUGCUGCCAACCGAUGUCCGCCCACGCCUCUGCCACAUCGUGCGGGACAAAAGCGGUUUUGGCCUCAGUGUGUCAAGUCCAGAAGGUGUGAGGGGCACCUUCCAGCUGUCGGUGCAGCAGGACGGGCCAGCAGCGAGAGCAGGAGUGCCACCAGGCUCCUGGCUCCUGGAACUGAAUGGGGCCAGCGUGAAGAACUACUCACACACACAGCUUGCUCGAAAGCUAAAGCAGAGCGGCAGCAAGGUGACACUGUUGGUGGCAUCCAGUGCUGUGGAGGAGUUUUACCGCCUGCAUGGCCUGAGGGUCACAGCUACCUUGGCAGACACCUCCUGGCUUCCCUUCAAGGUGCGGGAGCUGCACAUGGUGAAGGGUCCAGCUGGCUACGGGUUUCUGCUCAAAGAGGAUGACUGCAGCUCGGGGACCACAGGCCAGUUCCUGUGGGACGUGGAUGACGGGCUGCCAGCCGAGCAGGCAGGGAUGAAGGAAGGGGACCGUCUCCUGGCUGUGAAUGGUGAGAGCAUCGAGGGGCUGGACCACCAGCAGACAGUGCUCAGGAUCCGUGCUCAUGAUGACCAGGUGACACUGCUGGUUAUCGACCCUGCUGGUGAUGAGUUCUACCAGUCGAUUGGGCUGUUCCCUCCGCUGUUCUUUGAGGACAAUGACCCUGCCUCAGGUUCCCACACAACCUCUCUGCCCUCUCCCAAUGGUUCCCCUGGACUCUGUCCUGUUGAGGUGGGACCAAAGGGACCUGUCUCCUGGCUGAUGUCUGCUGCCAACAGUAUAGAGAUCACACAGAGCUCACGCCAGGUGGAGCAGAAGAGGCUGCACCAGGCAUUCUAGCAGCCCAGGCGUGUCCUGCCUCUGGCCAGGCUCCCCCACAUAGUGCCUCGACCCAGGCCACAUCAGCCCAUCGUGCCCCCACCUGGCUCCCUGGAGAGCACAGUGCUGCCCAGCAUGGCCUUUGCACACACAGCUGCUGUGUCUCCACGCCCACGGCGAGGCUUAUGGCAUCACACCUCCAAGAGAGUCAUCUCCACUGGCCGAGCUUGUAUUAACUGUGGCGGUGGCUUCUAACCUGAAGACAGAUCUGUGUCUUUGCUUGCCCGGCUGCCUCUGUUGGUAUGUAGGGACAUUGCACUGAAGCCCUUGCCCAGCUCCAGGCUCUGGGAGAUCUCAGGAGAGCCUAGGCACUGCCCUCCACACCAUGACCCAGAGAAGGGGGAGCCUGAGGCUUGGCUCAGCCCAGGGCUGGCCUUAUGGCUGCUGUGUGAAGGGCAGGGGAGCAACAGAGGCCAACAGAGUACUGGAGAAACCCCUCACCCCCCAGCCUGUUGGCUCAGGUCUGCACCUGCAUGGAUGUCUCACUCGUGUUCCUCCUCUCAUCCUGUCUGUGAAUCUGGGGGCAAUGAGCGUCUGCUUCCCAUCAUAGCACUGUUCCCGUGUCACCCACUCCAGGUGCCAUUAAAGGACAAAUCCACACUGUUGCUGGUGCGGGUGAUGUUAUGGAGAGGAUUGUGACUCAGCAGUGCAUCCCUGAGCUCUGCAGCUGAGUGAUGGUCCUGUCCCUCUCUGCUAGCGCCUGGGUGGCAGUCUCCUGGCUCUGCUGGCUUUCCCAGAGCCCAAUGGCUGUCGGGUGCAGGGACAGAUGCAGGGGACUCUGAGUACAUAGGCACGGGAGCCUGGUAUGGCAGAGGGCUCUGGGACAGGGGCGGGAUCACAGCAUCGCCUGUACAGUCAGCAUCUCUCAAGGUUGGGGAUGACCCUGGGAACAGGGUCAGGCUUUGUCCUUCAGCUGCUGCUGUGCUGAGAGCACAGGGUGAAUGACUCCCAUCUCCCCUCACUCCACCCGAAAUGCACUUUCCUACCCUGGAGCGAACCCCAUCCCCACCCACCGGAGGGGGGCAGGCAUGUUGGGGAGCCCUACCAAGCUCUUCCUGCAGGCUCUUCACCUUGACCUCCAAGCACUGGCUGUGGGCUGCUGUCUGCUUCUGCAGCUCCUGGUAUUGCUGGGUCCUUUUGGGAGCCAGGGAAGGGAGAAGGGGACAAAUGUGGUAACUGUAGGAAGCACAAGCAGGUGGUCCCUGCACUCAGAGCCCAUCACCUGUGGCCAGGCAGGGGCUCCAGCAAGACCUGACCUGAGGGCUCCCCUUGCAGGGUGACGCAUCAGAAGCAAUGGUGCGUGCACCCUUUCCCUGGUUGGCAGGGCUGUGACAGUGCCAGGGUGGGGGCAGGAGGGAGCCCUGGAGGGAAACUUUUACCUCUCUGUUGAGCGUGGGAGAGUGAAAAUGAGCACGGAGUUUUGCAUGUGGCGAAGACCGCAAACCUCUGGCUGAGGUUUUACCUCUACUAAAAUCAGCCCCUUCUUGAGCACUAACGGAAACAGCGAGGCAAUGACUUUUACAGGCAAAGAAGGCUCUGACUCUGUGGUCUCCUCUGCCUGUGCUGAGCGCAGGCAACUGGGGUGCAUGGGAGGGAGCAGGACUAGCCAACGGCAGGGUGGUUUAGGGCUGAGCAGUCAAGGCCAAAGAGAGAGGUGAGGUUCCUGGGGCUGGACCAGGGACAAGGGUGGGGGCCGAUCCCCUGUGUACGGGCGCAGAAGCUGGCGUGCAGCUUGUGCACACCCAUGCACACGCGUCUGAAAGCGCUGCCCAGCCACGCAGAGCUGCACAAUCAGAGGAGUGUCAGCGUGUGUGCGGGCCUGGCAGCUGGCUGACAGACACUGUGGGACACACAGAAGGGAAGGGGAGCACACAUCCCAAGCAAAAGCACCAUUUGCUUGAAGUCUCACACAUAAAUAUGACCAUGACUUGGAGUGAAUCGUGCCCAAAGAAGCAGAUAGGUGGGAAUGUAGU